CGUGCGUGCGUGUGUGUGUGUGUGAUUACACUCUUGUCCAUUGCUUUUAGUAACAACUUGUAGAAAGAAAAACGCAAACGAUUAUAAUUUUAUCUCCGGUGUGAUUUUAUUAUUUUUUACCCGAAUUCUUUUUUAUUUGUUUAUCAGGUGUGUGUGUGUGUGUGUGUGUGUGUGUGUGUGUGUGUGUGUGUGUGUGUGUGUGUGUGUGUGGGUGUGGGUGUGUGUGUGUGGGGCUGAGCGCGUGCUUUGUUUUUACUGUAUUUCUGAAAGUUUUUGUGCCCAAAUCUCAGAAAUCACGACUUGAUUCGAGGAGAAACGAAACCCUGAAUGAGACAGAAAUCUUCCUUAGAAGAGUUUUCCUGAUGCUCUGCACAAUGGAGAUGUGAUUGAUCCUGAUUACAGCCAUGUCACAGAUUGAUAAAUCUCACCUUCCGCACGUCUACGACGUGUAUCAGUGUUUCUCAGUGCUGGAAGAUGGAGCUCUGGCUCACAGCCUUCAGGAGCAGGAGAUCGAAGAGUUCUACAGCUCCAACCUGCAGAAGAACCAGGCGGUGCAGAACGAUGUCCACUUGGCUCGGAGGCUACAGGAGGAGGAGGAGGAGGAGGAGGAGGAGGAAGAGGAGAGGGUCCAACUCACACAACAGCUCCAGCAGCUGGAGGAGCAAGACUGCGAGUACGCAAGGAUGAUUCAGGAAGAGCUGCGGCGAUGUGACGAAGAAGCUCAGAGGAGGGAGGAAGAGGACGAGAAGAUGGCCAAACGGUUGCAGGAAGAGGAAGAAUCGAUGAUUAGACAGGAGAGAGCUGAGGCUGGUCACCACGAGGACAGAGGAGACUCACUGCUCAGUCAGGGUUUAGGGCUCUGGGAGCAGAUGAUGCGGGAUGCAGAACUUGCACGUAGACUGCAGGAGGAGGAGGACACACUGCCUCAACGGAGAAUCACCGAAACUGACGUGGACUUUCGUACAGUUCAAGUGGCCCAAGAUGAGGAACUUGCUCGCUACAUGCAGCGACAGGAGAAGAAGAGCGGCAGAAGGUCAUGUGACCUGUUUGCCCUGGAGAGGUCACCUGAUCGGAGAGGCAGAAGAGUAGGAAUCACAUCCGAAAUAUAUUAUGUGACAAAUUCUCACUUAACACUAGUGACGAGAGAGAGACUGAACUCCGAGGGCCUUCACUCACCUGUGGAAGAGGAACGAUCUCAGGACGAUCAGCACUCACUAAUCCCCACAUGCACUACUCUACUCGCUCACCCGUUCCACAACAUUGCGGAGGAGUUGGACCCGACGUUCGCCGGCAGGAAGCGGGAAACCAGAAUCUCCACCAGCUCGUCAUCGGGAAUCCGCCUGGCUCCUCGGACACCUCACAGCGUUUUCUACGACUACCUUCCAGAACCUUCUGCCAUCCCACCAAGCAGACGGCAGGCAGACAGACCGGGACGCCUCAAACCCAAAGAGAAACGGGAAAGCUGUAAGCAGCAGUGAAGGGAGGGGGGGGUUUCUUUAGUUGUGCACUGUAGAAACACAUGGGGUGGUGUGAUGAAGCAGAAGUUUAUCUUCUUCUAUCUUAUCCUGUAGCUGCACGGUGUUUUAUUCCUCUUAUACCACAGCAAUGUACCAACGCUUAACGUUUCCAUUAACAGAAUAACGACAUCUCGUACAUUAGCGUCACAGUACGUUGUAGUUAAUGUCGUGGUCUUCCUCGUCACUUACUUUACAGCAGCUGUAAUAUAAUACGGUCGUUCUCUCACCCGCAUCACCCCCCCCUCAUUAUUAUAAGACACUUACCUGAUAUACCUUCGCACUUUUAGUCUGUUUAUGUUGAGCGUCCAGUCGUCGGAAUAAAAGCCACUGUAAAAGAAAACGAAUCAACUCCUCCUGACCAAUCAGAGCGGAGAAUUCAGCAGCAUUCAUCCAUAUUCCACUCCGUCUUCAGUUCUCAAGUAUUAGACAUUAAUGAAUUAAAAAAAAAAUCAGUUUCCUGAGAUGUUUACAAUAUUUUCCUUAUAAAAAUCUAACUUUUUUUGAUGCACAUUAUAAUACAGCUCUCAGCGUGAUUUAGAGAGAAACCGGGAAUUAGAUUCUGUAAAAAAAAAAUAGAGUAAAUUAAAGUGUUUCAGAUCUUUGGUGCAUAAAAAAGGAAUCCGUCUUCGUUCCUGGAAUGUGGAGGGAAUUUGUGCGGCAUCAUUUGGAGCGUCGAUGUACGUUAACGCGGCACUAAACUGUUCACUGUAACCUUUAAACAAUGUGCAGUGACUGCAGUGAGGUGGCAGGAUCUCUUCCUGGAGUUUAUCAAGCUUGUUUAAAUUCAUCAACCUAGAGAGUUCAUUCAUUCAUU